AUGGCCGCGUCCGAGGACGGCAGUGGCUGCCUCGUGUCGCGGGGCCGUUCGCAGAGUGACCCUAGCGUCCUCACCGACUCCUCGGCCACCUCCUCCGGGGACGCCAGCGACAACCCAGAUGAGAUGGACCAAACGCCCCCAGUGCGCUCCGAGUGCCUGACCUCAGGGGUCCGGACGCCCCCUGCAAGGAGGAACAGCAAGCUGGCCACCCUGGGCAGGAUCUUCAAGCCCUGGAAGUGGAGAAAAAAGAACGAGAAGCGGAAGCAGACAACAUCAGCCUUGGAGAAGAAGAUGACCGGCAGGCAAGGUCGCGAGGAACUCAUCAAGAAGGAGCUGCUGGAGAUGAUGGAGCAGGGCUCAGAACCUUUUAUUGCUGUGGUCGAUGACGAUGGUGAUAGCAGUGCGGAAAUGGUAUCGGCCAUCAUCAUCUUUCCGUCCCCCAAGGGCCGUGAGCUUGUAGCAGGGACUGUCGCGGUUGUGUGUGAAGUGGUCUACCACAGUACCAGGAGCACAGUAGUGACCAGCGGUCGGAUGGUCCAUCUCAGUACCGGGAGCACAGUAGUGACCAGUGGUCAGACGUACCAGGAGCACAGUAGUGACCAGUGGUCAGACAGUCCCUCUCAGCACAAGGAGCACAGUAGUGACCAGUGGUCAGACGGUCCGUCUCAGUACCAGGAGCACAGUAGUGACCAGUGGUCAGAUGGUCCCUCUCAGUACCAGGAGCACAGUAGUGACCGCUGGUCAGACGGUCCCUCUCAGUACCGGGAGCACAGUAGUGACCAGUGGUCGGAUGGUCCCUCUCAGUACAAGGAGCACAGUAGUGACCAGUGGUCAGAUGGUCCGUCUCAGUACAAGGAGCACACCAAGUUGCCAUCAGUAUCCAGUGGUGAAGAAGAAGAUGAUGGCAGCCUCUUGUCCACCUCGGAUGAGUCCUCUCAAGCCUUAGCUGACUCCUUGGAGAGUCCUCACAGACCCCUGGAGAGAUCCGUGGGCCAGCUGCCCAGUCCCCCACUGCUGCCCACCCCGCCACCCAAGGCCGGAUCCAAAAUCGUGAAAAAUGUCACAGGCCCGGCCACGCUCUUCCAAGGCUCCAGUGUGAAGAAUGCAGACUCUGCCCUGCGGGGCCAGCUCUCCACCCCCACGGGGUCCCCACAUCUCACCGCCGCCGUCCACAGGCCGCUGCCCCCCAGCCGGGUCAUCGAGGAGCUGCACAGGGCACUGGCCACGAAGCACCGGCAGGACAGUUUUCAGGGAAGGGAAAACAAAGGGUCCCCGAAGAAGCGCUUGGACGUGCGCUUGUCAAGGACUUCCAGCAUGGAGCGGGGCAAGGAGAGGGAGGAGGCCUGGAGCUUUGACGCCGCGGCGGAGGGCAGGCGGACGGCCGUCAAGGAGUCGGAGGAGAACAAGGAGAACCUGCUUAUGGACUCCGAGCUCAAGGACGACUUGCUCCUGUAUCAGGAUGAGGAGGCGCUGAACGACUCUAUCAUCUCUGGAGCACUGCCCAGGAAAUGCAAGAAGGAGCUCCUGGCAGUGAAGCUAAGGGACCGGCCAAGCAAGCAGGAGCUGGAAGACCGGAACAUCUUCCCCAGGAGGACCGACGAGGAAAGGCAGGAGAUUCGGCAGCAGAUUGAGAUGAAACUGUCGAAACGGCUCAGCCAGAGACCUGCGGUGGAGGAGCUGGAGAGGAGGAACAUCCUGAAACAAAGGAAUGAUCAGACAGAGCAGGAAGAAAGAAGAGAAAUCAAGCAGAGAUUGACCCGAAAGCUUAAUCAGAGGCCCACUGUUGAUGAACUAAGAGACAGAAAAAUCCUGAUCCGAUUCAGUGACUAUGUGGAAGUGGCAAAAGCGCAGGACUACGACAGGAGGGCGGACAAGCCCUGGACGCGGCUCUCGGCAGCGGAUAAGGCAGCUAUCCGUAAAGAACUAAAUGAAUACAAAAGUAAUGAGAUGGAAGUACAUGCAUCGAGCAAGCAUUUGACAAGAUUCCACAGGCCAUAGAGAUUUUCUUCUGAGAAGAAUUUGUGUUUAAUUUUUGAUACCAACACUGAACAUUCAUCAGGGAAUUUUCCUGAAGCUCAGCUCAAGAUUCCCUGAUGUGUUUGUGAGAGAAGCAGGACCACACACACAGGUGAAAUCUUUGCCGCACUUACCUGCAAGAGCAGUAACCAGAGGACACGUUUCACUCUUUGGUGUCUGAAGAGUGUGACCUGUUGGGGUCAGUUAAGACCCAAAUAACUCUGCCAGAAGAAAACUGCCCUUUGCCUUUGGACCUCGUUUUCCAGUUUUGCAUAUAACAGGACAGGAGACAUGCAUGUACGGCUGCCACCCCACGGCCUCUGACGUGGGCGUGUGAUGGUGUUGAAAAGGCAUUUUUAUUCCGAUCACAGUUAAUUUGAAACUCUUUAAGUUCAUGUUAUACAAAACAAUUUAUUGUAUUAUACUUUUUCCUUUUUUAUAUAAUGUCUAACAAAAAUGACAGCUGCAA